AUGGAUGCCCAGGUUCAGCUUUUCAAGACGCGGCUUUCUAUAGUGUCCAUACCGCGUUCGCAAUACUGGCUCUUUUCCCAGGGGAUACUGCAACUUUUGCACAAUGUUGCAUCUCAUGAUCUGCAUGACUCGGACUCCGAGUAUGAAAAAGUGAGUGGCGAUAGUUCUGACGAAGACGACGACGACGAUAGCAGGAGCUAUUCAUCUGCUGGCGUAGGAUCCUCUACCAUGUCCAGCUCUAGACUGGCACAGUCCAGAAACACAGACAAUUCGCCCACAAAGCCGCGGACUCAAGCUGCGGGAUAUGACUCAGACUCCCAUUCGCAGGAUAGCUCUAUUGAAGAAGACGAUGAUGGCUUAUUCCUCCAUGUUGCGUUCACCCCAGAUGAAGUGACAGUGAUAUGUUCUUCGAGUUUCGUCAAAUCGCUCUUCGACCAACCCUUGGAGUCGAAGGACUCACGUGCCCAGGUGCUGCCGGAUAGUUACUUGGCUCUACAGGUUGGAGGCGAUGGGUUAAGCAUAGGAAAGAGAGUGCUGGAAUUGACACAACCCCUUUCAGAGGCAGGAAUCUCUAUUUUCUUCAUCAGCAACUACUUCUCUGAUAUCGUCUUGAUCCCAGAGAAUGCCAGGGAGAAGGUUGUUUCCGCAUUGGAGGUGAAGGGAUUCCAUUUUUCAGAUAUCAGUGGGUCGUAUAUGGUUGACCGUACCGCCGUGUCUACUCCACCAUCUCCAUCCUCUAUGGCACCAGUCGAGUCCUCGGCCCCAAGCUCCAGAAAACCUUCCCUGCAGGAUAGCAUAACAGGGAAUGACCUUCCAGAAGAAAAUUUAGAAUCCAGAACGUUCAAGGUAUUUAAGACGGCUGGUAUCAAGCCACACGUUCAUACCCAUGCAAAGCUGCUAAUUACUGGUGCCAGGUCUGGAUCCUGUUCUAAAACGAUCACUACCACAGCCACCGCCUUGGCCAAGUUUCCGGUGAACCCGCCGGAGUUUGGAUCUGCAUUAACCACAGAAUCUUUCCCCGAAUACUUUGCUAUCACCAGGGCCUCCUCCCAGGAGGUGGCCUUGGUUCUUCCCAAAUCCCACAGAACGAGGUCCAAACUCGGAUUCCAGUCCAAGUACCUGGUAGGCUCCAGCUCAGAUGUUUUCAUCCCGGUGGUGAUAGAUCUCUCGAAGCUGCCUGUCGACUCCAAGGGAAUUGUUGCUGGUGUUGCUUCAAAGCUCAUACAUAAUGCAGACCUCAGAGGAGAGGCCGAGAUGUUUGAGAUGAGCUAUCUGAGUAUGGCCAAGGCCGGAAUUGUAAUGAUACCGAGGGAAAGUGGCAAGUUUGUGUCAGAAGUUCUUGCUAAUAAUCUAUAG